AUGUCGCCCGGCUGGUUUUAUACAGAGUGCGACCGUUUCAUCGGCGGCCGGGAGAGCCAGCAUCCGGUUGUAUUAAUCUCUACAAUGUGUCUCUAUGAGAUCGCUCGGACGAAAACUAGUUUCGUUCGGAGAUCGGCGCUUCAUAAAUCUGAAUUGCCCAACGGACUCGACGCUAUCAUUGAGCUAGGCAAUCAGCGAGAGGCGUUAAUUGCGUUACAUGUCGACGGAAUGUCUCGGUUUCGUCAUGGCAGCGCCGGUAUCACCUUACUAUUGUCCUGCGUCGUGCGCGAGAGCAUGGGCACAUUCCCAGGGCGCAGCAGCCCUUUCGCAAGUCAAGUGAAGAUACGAAACAAUGUGAUCCAGCUGCCGCGUUGUCUAUCGCCAGGUGACUGCUUCUAA